AUGCUGGCUGGCUGUGUGGGCCAUCCCGCGCUUCAGAGGGAUGGACGGCCAGGCCUCAUGCUGUUGCUGCUCCUCGUCUGGGGCUUAGGGGUGGCCUUGCUGGAGAGGCCAUGGGACAAACAUCACGAUGCUGCUCAUGAAAUCAUCGAGACCAUCCGAUGGGUCUGUGAAGAAAUCCCGGAUCUCAAGCUCGCUAUGGAGAAUUACGUUUUAAUUGACUAUGACACCAAAAGCUUCGAGAGCAUGCAGAGGCUCUGCGACAAGUACAACCGCGCCAUCGAUAGCAUCCACCAGCUGUGGAAGGGCACCACGCAGCCCAUGAAGCUGAACACGCGGCCGUCCACUGGGCUCCUGCGCCACAUCCUGCAGCAGGUCUACAACCACUCAGUGACUGACCCCGAGAAGCUCAACAACUACGAGCCCUUCUCCCCUGAGGUGUACGGGGAGACCUCCUUCGACCUGGUGGCCCAGAUGAUCGACGAGAUCAAGAUGACCGACGACGACCUGUUUGUGGACUUGGGGAGCGGUGUGGGCCAGGUUGUGCUCCAGGUCGCUGCUGCCACCAACUGCAAACAUCACUAUGGCGUCGAGAAAGCGGACAUCCCGGCCAAGUAUGCGGAGACCAUGGACCGCGAGUUCAGGAAGUGGAUGAAAUGGUAUGGAAAAAAGCAUGCAGAAUACACAUUGGAGAGAGGCGAUUUCCUCUCAGAAGAGUGGAGGGAGCGAAUCGCCAACACGAGUGUUAUAUUUGUGAAUAAUUUUGCCUUUGGUCCUGAGGUGGAUCACCAGCUGAAGGAGCGGUUUGCAAACAUGAAGGAAGGUGGCAGAAUCGUGUCCUCGAAACCCUUUGCACCUCUGAACUUCAGAAUAAACAGUAGAAACUUGAGUGACAUCGGCACCAUCAUGCGCGUGGUGGAGCUGUCGCCUCUGAAGGGCUCGGUGUCAUGGACGGGGAAGCCAGUCUCCUACUACCUGCACACUAUCGACCGCACCAUACUUGAAAACUAUUUUUCUAGUCUGAAAAACCCAAAACUCAGGGAGGAACAGGAGGCAGCCCGGCGCCGCCAGCAGCGCGAGAGCAAGAGCAACGCGGCCACGCCCACCAAGGGCCCCGAGGGCAAGCUGGCUGGCCCCACCGAUGCCCCCAUGGACUCUGGUGCUGAGGAAGAGAAGGCAGGAGCAGCCACCGUGAAGAAGCCAUCUCCCUCCAAAGCCCGCAAGAAGAAGCUCAACAAGAAGGGGAGGAAGAUGGCUGGCCGCAAGCGCGGGCGCCCCAAGAAGAUGAGCACUGCGAACCCCGAGCGGAAGCCCAAGAAGAACCAAACUGCACUGGAUGUCCUGCACGCUCAGACCGUGUCUCAGACGGCAGCCUCCUCGCCCCAGGAUGCCUACAGGUCCCCUCACAGCCCGUUCUACCAGCUACCUCCGAGCGUGCAGCGUCACUCCCCCAACCCGCUGCUGGUGGCGCCCACCCCGCCCGCGUUGCAGAAGCUGCUAGAGUCUUUCAAGAUCCAGUACCUGCAGUUCCUGGCAUACACAAAGACCCCCCAGUACAAGGCCAGCCUACAGGAGCUGCUGGGCCAGGAGAAGGAGAAGAACACCCAGCUCCUGGGCGCGGCUCAGCAGCUCCUCAGCCACUGCCAGGCCCAGAAGGAGGAGAUCAGGAGGCUGUUCCAGCAAAAAUUGGAUGAGCUGGGCGUGAAGGCGCUGACCUACAACGACCUGAUUCAGGCGCAGAAGGAGAUCUCCGCCCACAACCAGCAGCUGCGGGAGCAGUCGGAGCAGCUGGAGCAGGACAACCGUGCGCUGCGCAGCCAGAGCUUGCAGCUGCUCAAGGCUCGCUGCGAGGAGCUGCAGCUGGACUGGGCCACGCUGUCCCUGGAGAAGCUGCUGAAGGAGAAGCAGGCCCUGAAGAGCCAGAUCUCAGAGAAGCAGAGGCACUGCCUGGAGCUGCAGAUCAGCAUCGUGGAGCUGGAGAAGAGCCAGCGGCAGCAGGAGCUCCUGCAGCUCAAGUCCUGUGUGCCGCCUGAUGACGCCCUGUCUCUGCACCUACGCGGGAAGGGUGCCCUGGGCCGCGAGCUGGAGCCUGACGCCAGCCGGCUGCACCUGGAGCUGGACUGCGCCAAGUUCUCGCUGCCUCACUUGAGCAGCAUGAGCCCGGAGCUCUCCAUGAACGGCCAGGCUGCCGGCUAUGAGCUCUGCAGCGCGCUGAGCCGGCCCUCAUCCAAGCAGAACACGCCCCAGUACCUGGCCUCACCCCUCGACCAGGAGGUGGUGCCCUGCACACCCAGCCAUGGCGGCCGGCCGCGCCUGGAGAAGCUGUCUGGCCUGGCUGCACCCGACUACACCAGGCUGUCCCCGGCCAAGAUUGUGCUGAGGCGGCACCUGAGCCAGGACCACACGGUGCCCGGCAGGCCGGCCGCCAGUGAGCUGCACCCGAGAGCUGAGCACACCAAGGAGAACGGCCUUCCCUACCAGAGCCCCAGCGUGCCUGGCAGCAUGAAGCUGAGUCCCCAGGACCCGCGGCCCCUGUCACCUGGGGCCUUGCAGCUUGCUGGAGAGAAGAGCAGUGAGAAGGGCCUGAGAGAGCGCGCCUACGGCAGCAGCGGGGAGCUCAUCACCAGCCUGCCCAUCAGCAUCCCGCUCAGCACCGUGCAGCCCAACAAGCUCCCGGUCAGCAUCCCCCUGGCCAGCGUGGUGCUGCCCAGCCGCGCUGAGAGGGCGAGGAGCACCCCCAGUCCCGUGCUGCAGCCCCGCGACCCCUCGUCCACACUUGAAAAGCAGAUUGGUGCUAAUGCCCACGGCGCUGGGAGCAGAAGCCUUGCCCUGGCCCCCGCAGGCUUCUCCUAUGCUGGCUCGGUGGCCAUCAGCGGGGCCUUGGCGGGCAGCCCGGCCUCCCUCACACCUGGAGCCGAGCCGGCCACCUUGGAUGAGUCCUCCAGCUCUGGGAGCCUUUUUGCCACCGUGGGGUCCCGCAGCUCCACACCACAGCACCCCCUGCUGCUGGCACAGCCCCGGAACUCGCUCCCGGCCUCUCCCGCCCACCAGCUCUCCUCCAGUCCCCGGCUUGGUGGGGCUGCCCAGGGCCCGCUCCCCGAGGCCAGCAAGGGGGACUUGCCCUCAGACUCCGGUUUCUCAGAUCCUGAGAGUGAGGCCAAGAGGAGGAUCGUGUUCACCAUCGCCGCGGGCGCGGGCAGUGCCAGACAGUCGCCCUCCAGCAAGCACAGCCCCCUGACCGCCAGCGCCCGUGGGGACUGCGUGCCGAGCCACGGGCAGGACAGCCGCAAGCGUGGGCGGCGGAAGCGAGCAUCGACGGGGACGCCCAGCUUGAGCGCAGGCGUGUCCCCCAAGCGCCGAGCCCUGCCGUCCGUCGCUGGCCUUUUCACACAACCUUCGGGGUCUCCCCUCAACCUCAACUCCAUGGUCAGUAACAUCAACCAGCCCCUGGAGAUUACAGCCAUCUCGUCCCCCGAGACCUCCCUGAAGAGCUCCCCUGUGCCCUACCAGGACCACGACCAGCCCCCCGUGCUCAAGAAGGAGCGGCCUCUGAGCCAGACCAAUGGGGCACACUACUCCCCGCUCACCUCGGACGAGGAGCCAGGCUCUGAGGAUGAGCCCAGCAGCGCCCGAAUUGAGAGAAAAAUUGCAACAAUCUCCUUAGAAAGCAAAUCUCCCCCGAAAACCUUGGAAAAUGGUGGUGGCUUGGCGGGAAGGAAGCCCACGCCCGCGAGCGAGCCGGUCAACAACAGCAAGUGGAAGUCUACUUUCUCGCCCAUCUCCGACAUCGGCCUGGCCAAGUCUGCAGACAGCCCGCUGCAGGCCAGCUCCACCCUCAGCCAGAACUCCCUGUUCACGUUCCGGCCCGCCCUGGAGGAGCCCCCUGCCGAUGCCAAGCUGGCCACCCACCCCAGGAAAGGCUUUCCUGGCUCUCUGUCGGGGGCUGACGGACUCAGCCCGAGCACCAACCCUGCCAACGGCUGCACCUUUGGCGGGGGCCUGGCCGCGGACCUGAGUUUACACAGCUUCAGCGAUGGUGCUUCUCUUCCCCACAAGGGCCCCGAGGCGGCCGGCCUGAGCUCCCCGCUGAGCUUCCCCUCGCAGCGUGGCAAGGAGGCCUCGGACGCCAACCCUUUCCUGAGCAAGAGGCAGCUGGAUGGCCUGGCUGGGCUGAAGGGCGAGGGCAGCCGCAGCAAGGAGGCAGGGGAGGGCGCUUUCUUGCCCCCCACCUCUGCUGCCUCUCUGCCGCCUGCUAACGCCUCUUUGUCUAUCAAGCUCACCUCCCUCCCGCACAAGGGCGCCCGCCCCUCCUUCACGGUGCACCACCAGCCCCUGCCCCGGCUGGCCCUGGCCCAGGCCGCGCCCGGGAUCCCGCAGGCCAGCGCCACGGGGCCGUCCGCGGUGUGGGUGUCCCUCGGCAUGCCGCCUCCCUAUGCCGCGCACCUUUCGGGGGUUAAGCCGCGAUAA